GCCUUAUAAAAUGAAAAGUAUGAAUAUUGGUCCAAAAGUCUUGCUCUAAUAGAAUUAAGUUAGAUAACAAGAUGACGACGAAGAUGUCCCUGAAGAACCCUCUCCUAUUUUAAUUAAACAGAAAAUAAUCAAAGUCAUGAAAUACAAUUAACCUAGAUUUGAUGUCAAAGGCAGACAAAUUUUUAAAGGCACUGGUUAUGGAAUUGCCUUUGAUAAUUUUGUCACCGUUUGUGUAUUUAAUCCUGAUGAGGAAGUACUAUCAAUCAAGGACACAAUUUCUUAAUGUACAAAUACUCAAGAAUAGGAGAAAUUUCACAUCAAAUCUAGUAGCAAUAAAAAAAUAGAGGAUUACCAAAAAGAAAUAAUCCUUAAAUCAAUUCUUAAAUAGACUAAACCAUAUCAAUGA